AUGUCUGACACAGAGAAAUCAGGAAAGUCGGAGAACGUCACGGUGCUCACCAGGAGCGAGAGCCGGGGCAACAUCAACUACUUCGGGGAGUCCCUGGAUCCUGUCCCGCCGCGCCCGCUGGGCGAGGGGCAGCCUCCCCCGCCUGUGGUGCACCAGUAUGGUAACCCCACGCCCCUUGGAAUGUUGGCCUAUGGGACCGUCUUCCUGUGUUCAUCCCUGCUCACCCUGGGCGCGGGCGGUGUGACAACGGCCAACCUUGUUUUGGUCUUCGCGAUGUUCUACGGCGGUAUCUCGCAGACGUUGGUCGGCAUGUGGGAGUUCUACCUCGGGACUGUCUUCACGACCUACGGGGGCUUCAACUUCAGUUACGGUGCGCUCUACCUGCCACAAAUCGGACUCGCGGCGGCAUAUUCGGUCGACGGUGUGCCUACGAAGGAGUUCACGCACGCUAUUGGUAUCUAUCUGGCCAUCUGGUGGAUUGGCGCUCUCCGCACGACGGCCCCGAUCGUCUGGACGCUUGGGAUGACGGUGAUCGCGCUCGCUUGCCUGUCAUCCAACUCCUUCAACCCGAACCCGCACGUCAACAUUGCGGGCGGUGCGUUUGGCCUCGCUGCUACCGCAGGAGCGUACUACGGCGCGCUGUCCGGUUUCUACACGCGUGCGUCGACAUUCGAGCAGAUCUACGUACCGCCAGUCGUGCUCGCGUACUCCGACCCGCAGAGCGCAUAA